AUGUUGGCUCAAGACAGAUUAUGGGAGUCUGAUACAGAAGGGCGCUCAAGAAAUCUAGUCGAGAAAAGGUCUAGUGCUUUCAUCAAUUCUGCCCAAAACGAGGCGCCAGGAACCUUUGGUAGAACCAACAUAGAAAAUUUAAAGAGUCAGCUAGUAAGCCCAAGUAGUGGUAAAGCCUCCUUUGAAGACCUAUCUGCUCUAUUCUUGCCGUCAUCAACUCGCAAUUCAUUCACCUCCCGGGCUGCCAAUUCGACGCGAACUUUGGGUUUGCCGCCAUCGCCGCCACCUCCAACUCCAUUAGAACCUAUAUUCUCUCAUCUUAGCCCACUGACUUCCUCUUCUACUGUUGGCGCUCUGGGUUUCUUGAACCCUCACUUAUCAGAUCAAGCUCCUCAAGCUGCACCCGCUGCAGAAAGAGCUGUAUACUCGUCACAUAAUCUAUCUAGUAAUAACAGUCAUCACCAUCAUCACUCUCAUCAGUCAACCUCGUCUCAUCACCACGAACAGACACAUAAAGGAACCUCUAUACCUUUACGUAUCUCAACCUCGUUUGAUCGUAGUACUCUACCCAAGUUUUUAGAAGCUAGAAGGGCUCGUAGAGGUCUACCACCAACCCCUACGGACGCCCUCUUGGACUUGGAACUUGAUUGGUUGCCCAGUAUGGCUGAUAUUGCAGAAGAAGGAUCUCAUAUAGGUUUGGCACGUAGAUCGUCGCUUAUGAGUCCUAGUACAUUGAGUGCCCGUACCUUGAGUGCCAUCGAUGGAGAGAUGGGUCUAGGAAUGAGAAGAUCAUCGUCAGGACCGAUAAUCAGCUCAACAAUCUUGAACUCCGCGACUUCAUCAUCAUCACCACCACCACCACAACAACAACAACAACAACAAGAUAUGAACUCAGAUAGUACCUCUCCAACAACAUCCAACGAUACGGAUUCGUCGUCAAUGCCAUCACCUCCUAAUUUUAAUAGGACAUCGCAGACAUCUAUCGUCCCGCCACAAAAAGUAAACGCCAAUCUUAAUAAUCAGAUUAGUACGAAACCUCCCACUGUAAAUACUCAACAGCAGGCACCAUCCAGUAUUGUAUCCGCAAGUGCACCACCAACUCCAGCAGCAUUAAGUGUACCUCAGUUGCAAUUCUCACCAGUUGGCUCAAACACGGGUGCAGGAUCCUUAUGGGUACUAAGCUUUGUAAACUCUAUAUCGGCCCCAGCUACUCCCAUGGAACCAGGUGUUCCUCCUCCUCCACCAACCCCUGCGGUGUCCAGUGCGGCAAUGCAAAGUCCAGGCCUUCAGACUCCUCAACCACAAUCUUCAACCAACUCAACAACAAGUACCAAUACAGGUAUAUCAGCACCACCGCUUGCUCCGAUCAUCGAUUCAGCUUAUGGAUCUACGUCAUCGCUAAUGAAGAACUCUGACGAAGUCCUAAAUCUAAAUGUUGAUGAAGCAUUGAGCAUUGCCUUGCAAAGUGUUGCAUUGCCUCGUCAAGACAGUAUGGGCCGCCGUGAUAGCUUGAGUAUGUCUAUGAACAGUCUGGAAGAAGCUUCAAGGAUGUCAAAUGGUCGCAGCCUCAGUGAGCAUGCUAUCGAUGCAUACGACUUGGCAAAGUACCCGACUCAACAACAAGUGACACAACCAGGAAAUAUGACUCCUAUUGAAAUCAUGUAUCAACAGUUGCUCGCCGCCCAAAGUCCCAUGACUUCAAUGUACUCAUCGGCUCCACGAUUCCCUGCCCCUCUAUGCCGACACUUCUUGGCAGGACGAUGCUGGGCACAGAGUCAUUGCAGAUUCUCCCACUCGAUUGGACCAGCUCCAGUUCCUCAAAAUCACGUUGUGGUCAGACCUCUCUGCAAGCAUCACUUGGUCAACAGGUUGAUGCUGGGCAGGAAGCUUAUGUAG